GGGGGAGCCGGCGGCGUCAGAGCCGGGCGGGGGCUCGGCGGGGCUGCGGCGCUGCGGGGCGCGUUGGCGGCCGGGCCAUGGAGGCGGCGGCCGCUGCUGCUGCCCCGUGGCCCUGGGCCUUGCUGUGCCUGGCGGCGGCGCCGCUGCUCGCCCCCGGGGCGGCCGGCUUGUCUUGCUGUUACCAUGCAAAGGACAACCUAAUGUGCCGUGAUGUUUGUGAACAGAUACUAUCUUCUAAGAGUGAUUCCCGUUUGAAGCAUUUACUGCAGCGAGCACCUGAGUAUUGUCCAGAAUCAAUGGGAGAAGUGUGGGGUUGUAUAAAUUCUUCAUUGCCAGGAGUUCUGAAGAAGUCUGAUGGUUGGGUUGGUUUAGGUUGCUGUGAGCUAGCUAUUGCUGUGGAAUGUCGGCAAGCAUGUAAACAGGCUUCUUCAAAGAAUGAUGUUUUAAAAGUCUGCAGAAAGGAAUAUGAGGAGGUUGGCCAAUAUGUGUUGAAGGAGAACGGGAAAGGAAAGAAUGCUCUCUUUAGUUGUAUUAACAGAAAUGAAAUGGGGUCAGUCUGUUGCAGUUAUGCAGGUCAUCAUACAAACUGUCGGGAGUAUUGUCAAGCAAUUUUUCGGACAGACUCAUCUCCUGGUCCUUCACAAAUAAAAGCAGUUGAAAAUUAUUGUGCAACUAUUAGCCCUCAGCUAAUACACUGUGUGAACAACUAUACCCAGUCAUACCCAAUGAGAAAUCCUACAGAUAGUUUGUAUUGCUGUGAUAGAGCAGAAGACUAUGCUUGUCAGACUGCUUGUAAAAGAAUUCUAAUGUCAAUGAAAACAGAGCUUGAAAUUGUUGAUGGACUUAUAGAAGGCUGCAAAACAAUGCCUCUUCCUCAGGAUCCACUUUGGCAAUGUUUUCUUGAGAGUUCAAGAUCUGUUCACCCAGGAGUCACUGUGCACCCUCCACCUUCAACAGGUCUUGAUGGAGCUAAGCUCCAUUGCUGUUCUAAAGCAAACUCUUCCACAUGUAGAGAGCUCUGCACUAAACUUUAUAGCACAAGUUGGGGCAAUUCACAGAGUUGGCAAGAAUUUGAUCGCUUUUGUGAGUAUAAUGCAGUUGAAGUUUCCAUGCUCACCUGUUUAGCAGAUGUACGUGAACCUUGCCAGCUGGGAUGUAGAAACCUUACCUACUGCACCAAUUUUAAUAACAGACCAACAGAACUUUUUAGGAGCUGCAAUACACAGUCAGACCAGGGAGCCAUGAAUGACAUGAAGCUUUGGGAAAAAGGGAGUAUUAAGAUGCCAUUUAUAAAUAUUCCUGUUCUUGAUAUUAAAAAAUGCCAACCAGAAAUGUGGAAGGCAAUUGCCUGCUCACUUCAGAUUAAACCUUGCCACAGCAAAUCUAGAGGAAGUAUUAUCUGCAAAUCAGAUUGCGUGGAAAUACUGAAGAAAUGUGGAGAUCAUAAUAAGUUCCCUGAAGGCCACUCAGCUGAAAGUAUUUGUGAGCUCUUAUCUCCAACAGAUGACUUGGAGAACUGUAUCCCUUUGGAUACAUACCUGAGCCCAAGUUCCUUAGGAAACGUUGUAGAAGAUGUUACGCAUCCAUGUAACCCAAAUCCAUGUGCGGCUAAUCAGUUAUGUGAAGUAAAUAGAAAAGGAUGUCAGUCUGGAGAAUUAUGUCUUCCGUAUCUGUGUGUACCAGGCUGCAAGCUGGGAGAAGCCUCAGAUUUUAUUGUCCGUCAAGGUACACUUAUUCAGGUUCCAUCGUCAGCUGGUGAUGCUGGUUGUUACAAGAUUUGUACCUGUGGACACAGUGGAUUGCUAGAAAACUGCAUGGAAAUGCAUUGUGUUGACCUCCAAAAAUCAUGCAUUGUUGGAGGACAAAGAAAAAGUCAUGGAACAUCCUUUAAUAUAGAUUGUAAUGUCUGUUCAUGUUUUGCUGGAAACUUGAUAUGUUCUACUCGUCAGUGCCUAACUGAACAUAGUUCAGAAGACGAACGUAGGAAGUUUACAGGUUUACCAUGUAACUGUGUAGAUCAGUUUGUACCAGUAUGCGGUCAAAAUGGGCGCACCUAUCCAAGUGCAUGUAUAGCUCGAUGCGUUGGUCUCCAAGACAAUCAGUUUGAAUUUGGAUCAUGUAUUUCCAAGGAUCCUUGUAACCCUAAUCCUUGUAAUAAAAAUCAAAGGUGCAUACCAAAGAAACAAGUUUGCUUGACAAGUUUUGGAAAGUUCAAAUGUAGCCAGCAUGAAUGUGUGCCAAGGCAAUUAAAUUGUGACCAGACACGGGAUCCUGUUUGCGACACAGACAAUGUGGAAUACAAUAACUUGUGUACUUUGUACCAAAAAGGAAAAACUUUAGCAUAUCGAGGACCGUGCCAGCCAUUUUGCAAAUCAGUAGAACCUGUAUGUGGGCAUAAUGGGGAAACCUACAGCAGUGUCUGCGCUGCCUAUUCUGACCGUGUGGCUGUUGACUACCAUGGACAUUGUCAGGCUGUAGGUGUGCUCUCAGACUAUAGCUUUCAUACGGAGUGUGCCUUUGUUAAGUGUCCCCAGCUUUCUGCUACUGCCUGCAAACCAGUCAUUGCACCAGGAGCCUGCUGUCCACUGUGUGCUGGAAUGCUGAGGAUAUUAUAUGACAAAGACAAGCUGGACAAUUUUGCAAGGGUAACAAAUAAAAAGCCUAUAACUGUACUUGACAUACUUGAAAAAAUCCGCUUGCAUGUCUCUGUGCCACAGUGUGAUGUGUUUGGAUAUUUAAGCAUAGAAUCUGAAAUUGUGAUUCUCAUCAUUCCUGUGGAUCAGAACCCCAAACCAUUGCAGAUUGAAGCCUGCAAUAAAGAAGCAGAAAAGAUAGAGUCACUGAUAAAUUCAGACAGUCCAACAUUAGCAUCACAUGUGCCGCUGUCAGCUCUAAUUGCAUCCCAAGUACAAGUUUCAUUUAGCAUUUCUUCUACUUCUGUUAAAGUGUUGUCUGUUCUGCACUCCCUGUUCAUAAGCCUUUUAUUUACUUUGUUAACAUUAAUGUGUUAUAUAUAGCUGCUUAGAAAAUAUGCAUGAGUAUUGAGGGUGUUUUGUAUUGUGAAGGACAUUGAGAAUUGUUGAUCACUGAACCAGAAAACAAAAAUUCCAGAACACUUGGUGUACUAUUUUUCACUGAAGAAUGAAGAAUAUUUGGAAUAAUGUGAAAUGUGAUUCUUUUAUUCAUUACUAGUCAGAUGUUUUUUUCAGCACAAUUAGAUCAUUUUCCACUGAUCUUGCAAUCAUAAAAGUACUCUGGAAGGUUCUGACAUUAUAGAUUUAUGAUUUUUGAAAGAAGGGAUCUUACAGUUGUUUUUUUUUUCAGAAAUGAACAAAUAGUGUUUUGAGUUUAUUGAAAAAAUUUAAUUUUAUAUUAUUGAGAUGAAUAUCAGUGACAACAAAAAGUAUGCACCUAUUCUAAACAUCAUUUUUGGAAGAAAAAAAAUGCUGCUACUUAAUUACCUUACCAAAAAUAUGAGAGUUUAUUCUCAUGUAAAUACACUUUCAUAUUUUAUUAUGAAGAAAACUAGCCCUGGGCCUAUUUCAGCAGACAUCUUUACUUGGACUAGUGAAGAUUUGCAGGACAUUGGGCUCAAUGCUUGUGAAAUGACAAUCAAGCUCUAUACUAGUACCUGACUUCAAUGAAGAAAUAUGUUCUUUUUAUAAUUUUGUACAUUUCAGAAUCUCAUAUUGGAUGCAAAAUUAUAAAGAAUCUCAGUAUCUAUAUUUAAGUGCCAUUUAAAAUAUUGCAGUAUUUGCAUGUUAUCUAAUGAAAUUUAUACUUUAAAUAUGUUUAAAUGAUUAUACAAACAGUAUGUUUUAUUACUUAUUUUAUUUUAUGCACAUGACCUUAGUCUACAUGAAGUAUUUUAUAUCAGUAUUAUGAUAACCAACUUUUGAAGUAUAUACAGAAAAACUUAUUUUUGCCAAAAUGCUGAACGUUGAAAGAAAGCACUGAAAACUUUUCAAACAUGUAUGUUACUGUAGCAUGUCUGUAGCAAUUAUUUUCUGCUAAAUCUUUUAAACACAAAAGUAUUAAAGCUUUUUUAUUUUAAUAAAA